CUCCCUAAUUCUACACAAGCAGCACUGCAACAGGAAGCCCGUGAUUGGAACAUCCCGCUGCCAGCUAACUCUCUGAUUCGCUACCAACAUAGAGAGGGGGCGGGUCUUUCUUACUGUUAGCAAAUGUGGGGAGAGCACCGACUAUAGGCAACAAAUGAUUGGCUGACAGCCGUUGCCCAUGGCAAUCAGGUAUAGCUGUUGCCCUGGGAGACGAGUGAAGCUUUUGGCACUUGAGCUUCAUACACCGGAGUGAGUUAAAGUCACCAGCGAUAUGCCUGGCGAAGAGGGGGCCAACCGGGGUGGGGAUGGGCUCCCCGCCCUCAAGCAACUCCACAAGCUGCCCUGGGAUGAGAAAAUGGAGAAUGAGAUGCUCCGGUCCCGACUGGACGAACAGUCGCAGCUGAUCUGCAUGCUGAAGCAACGGGCGGACGAGACGCAGCUAAAGUGGCAGCAGCUGGAGCGGGUGAAUGAGGAGCUGGGGAAACAGAGCGGGGAGGCGGCCCGGCGGCUGCAGGCGGAGAGGGAGAGAGGGGAGCGGCUGGAGGAGAGGUUCGCUAUAUUGGCCGCUAAUCACCAGCAAAUCAUCCGCUUUAAGGACGAAUACAAACAGCAGAACCAGGAGCUGCGGGAGCAGUGCGACAGGCUGCGGGAAAGCGAGCACCCCCAACUCCUGCACAGGGACCAGUGUAUCCGGGAGCUGAGGGCCCAGCUGGGCGCCACGGAAGCGAGGCUGAUAGAGCAGGAGGCGAGCUCCGGGCGGAAGUUGGACUCACUCAGGGCGGAAGUGCAGCGGCUGCAGGAGGAGAAGCGAACAGGCGGCCUGGAACUGGCCUCUCUCUCUCACAGCCUAAAGGUUUCAGAGGAAAGCCGUCAUGAAGCUGAAGAGAAGCUGGCACGUCUGGAGGAGAUAAAGAAAGCUGAGAAGGUUGAAGCAGACAAAAGACUGGAAGAACUUAAGAAGGAGAAGCAGGAACUUUUAAAUCUGUGCAUGGAGCGAGGGAGAACCCUGCAAGAGCGGCAGAGAGAAGCUGCUGAGCUCAGUGUUCGGUUACGAGAAGCUGAAAAGUCACUAAAGAAGGCAGAAGAGAGGUACCAAAGAGACAGGGCGGCUGUUGACGCUGAUGCCAGAGUGUCAGAGCUUCAGAGCAAACUGGAAGAUGGUGAAAACCACUUUGAGCAGCUGAGAAGAGAUUUUGAAGCUUACAAAAAACAUAGUGGGGACUUGCUGGCUAAGGAGAGAGAGCUAAACUCAAAAUUACGGCACUUGAUUGGAUGAACACAAUGAGGUGUUUCUAAUGCUGUAGAUUUUACCAUAGAUUUAGGAGAACAGAUGCAAAAAAUGCUGAAUAAAAUAUAGUUGCUAGGACAAAUAUAUACAUUUAUGCUUCUAAUAUUCUAAUAUUUGUACAGCUAUGAAGAGAGAGAGAAGCAAGUGAGAAUCCUCCUGCUGUGAGAUCAAAUAUUAUAUGCAGUAAUACUAAUAAAUAGUGUAGAAAUCUUAUAAAGGCGGCACAACCGCAGAAUGUUCUUAGUAGUAGCCAGAAUAUAACAGAGCAGUUACUGACAUACUACCCUAUUUAUCGGGGUUUCUGAAUGUAGUCUAUGGUGCCUUUUGAUCACUGCUGCUUGCAGUAUGACGCUCAUCAAAAUGCUGCUUUCUGAACUUUAUUGCUGCUUGCUAGUGUGUAUGAGAAGCUCUGCAUUUCAAGAUAGUACUUUUAUGC